AUUAAUCCCGUAGCUUUGAAGCUGCUGUCCAUUAGACAGUCACCAUAUUAGGUAGACAUCUGAAUUUGAUUCAGAGUCUGUCGAAAUAGAUGUCGAAGUGAGUGAAGAUGGAAUGAGAAAAAACAAAGGGCGGCUUUAUAUGAAGAAAAUCUCCCCCGGUUCGCUAACAGGCCAAUCAUCGGCAGCACAGAGAUUAAUCCAUCUCCAGAUGUUUGUUCUGUUUGCGGCAUUUGCGCUGUUUGGCGGCAUUUCGCAUCAAAAAAAUGUAGAGGGCAAUUUUCUGACGCAGGCUACAGCGUCGACGUUUUUUUUGUGUUGGCAUUCGCUUUUUUUGUUGUCCGGGGGAUUUUCUCUUGCCUUGGACAUUUUCUGGAAGGCAAUCAUUGGCUUUCUGUGAAUCUUCUUUUGUCCUGUUCACGGUAUGAAUCACCUCUUUUGACUGCCAUGAUCGUCUGUCCGAUUAGGAAAUAAGUAAAUUCUGUGUCAAUCCAUACUAAUGAACCUUGAAUCCAUAGACUAUACCCUUC